CAGAUGAUUAUACGUCACUUCGAUGACGCUAAAACACUUCCUGGUCGACGCAGAACCACAUGUGUAGUGUCUACUCUUUUUGUUUUUUUACUUUGUUUUGGUGCAGAUACAUGUUGUUAUAUGAUAUCAAUGAACUGUUUGGUUAAUAAUUAAUAUUGUGCGUCUAAAGCGGAACUUUAAAACUCAAACAUUUUCGUCGGAAACAUCAAACGGAUCUAAUUUCUCACUAUUUCCUGCCAAUGAAGACCUCCGCUACUUUGGCGGUGUCCACAGCUAAACUACGCAAUGACCGGAGUGCGUAACUCUCUGGCUUUCACUCAGUCUGAUGCUUUAGCUGAUGUAGUAUCGGGGCAGUCAUGCCACAUUGUGCUGGAAACAUCCCCUCCAGACUACGUGGAGAAAAUAUCGCGGUAUCUUGAGUCUAACGAGGGACACAGCAGACAGAAUGAAGUAACGUUAUUUGAGGAAGCUGCUGAUGCAGACAGCGAUUCAGGAGACAGCCUGUUCAUAACUCAGAAGGCAGUACCUGAGCCUGUGAGGUCAGGGAGACGACGACGUCACCUCAGCUUGAGGUCAAACCUCACAUUUCCUGGAGAUCAUAAAGAAAGCGACGAGAACAAUUCAUCGUCCGCUUCCCCCGAAGAAUCCAAAACAGGCAAAGAAAGAAGAAAGAAAUACACCCUGCCAAAAUACAGGUUCCCUUUCCUCCCAGAGAAGUCCAGACGCAAUCUGCUACCUGCCCAGAACGGACGCCUUCAUAAUUAUGUGAUGGGAGGCUUCUUUAAAUGUGUCAGAGAGCUGUGGCAGAGCUACCAAAGAGCAGAGGAUCUGGAGUCAUCUUUACCAACUGUUGACAUCGAUGGGGAGGACAUAUCUCCACUGUCAGAAGAGGACGAAGGUAAAGCAGAAGAUGAAGACAUCAAAGUGGUGGAGAGGAAACGUUUCAUGGCACUAUCAAAAGCAAAGCAAAUCUGGGGCAGCCAGUCAAAUCAGCAGAGGAGGAGGAAAGCUGGUAAUGCCGGAAAAGAAACCGUGGGAGGAGGACGAACGAAAACGUUAAGCAAAAAAACAGUGAAGGCAGCCUUAUUGAAAGAUAUACCAAUACUUUCAGAUACAGACUGCUCUGAUAAAGGAGAGCCCACUCAUAGAGGUUUGGUCCAGAAGGAGAGGACCAAUGAACACACAACAACUGACACAAGCUCUCUGGCCCAAAGUGAAAUACUGAAGGCAAAGAAACGUCUCACGUUUCAGCGAAAAGCAACAGAGGAAGAGCUGUGCGACGACAGCGAUGCUACAGUUUGUGAGCCAUGUGAGCUUCCGAGAAGUCCGAGACCAACCACACAAAAGGAGGGAGAAGCAUCCACACCUGUAGCAGAGCCUCAAACUGAUGUUCUCCACACAGACGACACGUUUGCAACAGGACAGGCAGGGGACGGACCUGAAAGAGAACAUCUUUCAAAGAAGAGGAAAAAGAAGAAGACAGACAAAGGAGAUAAUGAAGGUGUAGAAGAAGGAAAGGGCCAGAGUCUGGAAGAGCCGGAGGCUCUGCAUGCUGCAACGUGUGUGAACUCGUUGCACAAUGAUAACACACCGAGACAGGACGAGGGAGACACUCCCGAUCCAAAACAUAAGAAAAAGAAGAGAAAAAAGAAUAAGCCUGCAGUAGAAAAUGUCGAACAGGAAGAGGAUGGAAACUUGGAAUCUGAUGUGAGAGCGGAGGAAGGUGGCAAGAAGAAGAGUAAAAGAAGUGGUGAGGACAUUGAGCAGCUACAGUCCAGCACAGUCGCUGAACCUCUAAAUGAUGAGGUAAAGAAGAAGAAAAAGAAGAAAAGGAAAAAAGAAGAGGAGGCUGCAAUUACAGAGGAACAUGAAGAGGAGGAGGCGUUGAAUAGGACUUCAAAUCUGCUGCCCAUAUUGACAGAACAGUUGGAGGAACCUGGAAAUUGUUUAGAAAGUGCUGCAGCUUCUUCCCAAGAAACAUUCAUUCAUGUCAAAAAGAAGAAGCACAAAAAGAAGCUGCAGUCGUCGUCUAAUGAUGCAACUCAGCAUGGAGAAGAGGGUGUAGAUGUGAACUUUAGCAUUGAUAAUUCUGUAACUUCGGCUAAAGGUUCAGGGAUGUCACUGAAAAUGAAGAAAGCUAUCUUUGAGAAUAUCUUUGACUCUCCUGAACAAAAAGAAAAGGUUGAGAAUAUAGGUGAUACCCAGAAAACAGAGGAAGGCAUUGAGGACCAAAAUACUGAACUGGUGUCGAAAAAGAGUGAAAUAUGUAGUAGGGGUAUCUCCGAAGACGGUGUGGCACAAAGCGAUGAUUCAGUGUCUGUGCAGGAAAAGGAAGAGAGGAGGACCUCGUCCUUCCUCGUUGCUGAUGCAAAGGAAAACAACGCUCAGACACAUGGGGAGCAAAACUCUCCCUCGCAGUCUCGUGUCUCGGGUACAGAAAAACCCGGUGUCAGCGCUGGUUGUUCGGUGGAACUUAAUGGCAUCGUGAAAAAGAAAAGGAAGAGGAAGGAGUCGGUAGCACAGGACAGCAGGGAAAGGCCGCAUUUUGAGGAAGCAAACGAAAAAUUUCAGAACUUUAUACCCGAAACCACUGACACGGGGGUGAAAAGGAAAAAGAAACAUGCAGGAAAUGAAAGUGAGGCAGUGACAACUGUGAAAAGAUAUGAAAGUGCAGCUGAUGCAGGACUUUCUCCUCCUGAUGAGGCUGUGGUGUUGAAGAGGAAGAAGAAGUUUCAAGAUCAUUUAAUACAACAGGAUCCACCAGCUGCCACUGACAAUGCUGAACCAGUCACAUCUUCGCUGAACAAGACAAAAGGCAAACAUAGUCCAAGUGCUGAAAUGUCUCUUGACAGCACUACGACUGAGAAUCUGGCUAUAAAUGAUGUGACGCACAAGAAAAAGAAGAAGAAAAAGAAACCCACUAAUGAUGUUUUGCGUGAGGGGAAAUCGUUGACCGAGCCCGCUGAGCUGGAGCCCAGAGAAAAGAAAAAGAAGGAGCGUAAUAAGCCGUCAGCUGUUCCCAGCAGCCCAGUGUCAUCAGAGGCUUCUCUCUCUAAAGCUGAAAUGUUGUCACCUGACAAUAACACAAAAAAUAAGCACAGAAAGGUCAAGCGGAGACUUUAUGAUCCAAGUGAGGAUGUGUGCAGACUGUUAGUAUGAAUUCACUGAUUGGAUGAGUUGUAGAUUGGCAGACAGAGAGAUCAUUUUUUUGGAAAAUCAAUCAUCUGAAAACACAACAAUGAUAAUUAUGACAGUGUUAAGGGAAAAACAUUUUUUAAUGAAGUUUGUUUUGUAUCAAAGCGUUUUUUUACUGACACAGUUUUCAACCUUUUUGGUGUUGAAAUGCACUUUUUUUAAAAAAAAAUAUAAAAUAAAAGCUGAAUAUGAACAUUACAAUAUUUGGAGGAAGAAUUGAUUAUAAUUAAUAUCUUUGUGAUCACUUUUGAAUAUAAAGCCAAAAUCUCAAGAACUUACUUGAAUCUGGUUUUUAUGUUUUUUAUUUUUGUGUUUUUAAUUGAUCAAUUUGAACACUCACCCGCCACAAUGGACAUUCUCUAUCUGACAGCAGGGAGAAGUUUCAUCUUUUAUUUCACCCUGCUGCACCUUUAGUAGAAAUAAUAAACCUUUUUAUAUAAUGAGUUGAAAUAAUUCAUGGUUCAGUAAAAGUCUAAAUGUUUAUGAGUGGUCGCACAGCUGUACAAAUAAAGCCCUGAACCAGU